GCCAUAAGAAGGUACACUACAGCCUUUCACCUAAGCGAUUCUCCUCUCUUCUUUCUUCCCUAUCGCUCCCGCAGAAAGGUAAGGGUCAAAAGAGCGUUUGCAACUUUGCAUGCACUGCACUCUGAGGGAAACCACACACAAUCAAGCGCGCGAUCAUGGCGUCUGCGCUCGCUCUAUUCUUCAUUUUCAAUCUCGCCUCGUUUCACGCUCUGCCCGACGUCGUUCUCGAGGACGGGUACACGGUGAGUACAGUGAUCGACGGCCACAAGCUUCGCAUGAAUCCACACUCGGUUCUCCAUCGAUCUGGUUCUUCGGACCUCGUAGUGCUUGAUUCUGCCAAUAAUACCUUCUACACUGUAUCUUUUCCCGCAUCCCAAGAGAGUGUGGUGAAACGCUUAUCUGGAGACGGUCGUCCCGGGUAUUUGGACGGGAAAUUGAGUUCGGCCCGGUUCAAUAGCCCUCGGAGCUUUGCGAUCGAUCUUAAAGGGAAUGUUUAUGUCGCUGAUAUUAAGAAUAAACGUACCAUUCGAAAGAUUAGCGACUCAGGUGUGACAACAAUUGCUGGAGGAUAUUCAGAGAAAGCAGGCCAUGUGGAUGGACCUGCACAGAAUGCAUCCUUCUCAGAUGAUUUCGAGAUAUCUUUUAUUCCUGAAUUAUGUGCCUUGCUAAUUUCAGAUCAUGGGAAUCAACUGGUCCGCCAUAUUAGUCUCAAGGCAGAGGAUUGUGCUCGGGGUUCUAAUGCUGCAAUGGGAGCAGUUUCAACAUGGCUUCUGGGAUUAGGACUUUCAUGUUUACUUGGCUUAAUUGUUGGGAUUGCAGUUCGCCCUUAUAUCAUUCCUAGUGAAGGCUCCAGGCCCCUCCUUUUCAGCGAGACAUGGAAACAUCGCCUAAUUCUUCUGGGGAAACCAGUACUGAUACUCUGCUUCGACAUCAAAAGCGCAGCUGCUAGCUCCCCACACUAUGCACUCUUGAGGAGACUCUUUUGGUUGAGCCUCUCUCACAUAUCUCUUACGUUUAGGAUUAAUAAAGUAAAACCUCUGGUCUUGCACAAGGAAACUAUAUCUUUGAUCGAUUCUGAUGACAUAAGUAGUUGUAAGAUAACAAAGUCAGAGAUGUAUGAUGAGCAAUUGAGGGAUCUGAUAACUCUUGAUAGUAGUCUGGAGUUGUUAAAUAUGGCCGACUUCAACAACCAUGAUUAUGAUAGCAAGGAGGGAAGUCACGUUUUGUCCAGCCGCAGUGGAAGGGUCGAUGCUAUGAUACAGGAUAACAUCAUGGGUCUUGAGCAUCUGGCUAAAGAGACAACUCCAAUGGACGGUUCUUUGGUAGCCGCCACUUCAGGUUUGGUUAAGCGGAAAUGAAACGAAUUGAAAGGCAAUUUCCUUGUGAUGUGGCUUCUAUGUAAGUAUUUAGUUCCAAUGACUUGUUAAUGACUAUUUUCCACGCUACUUGUACGCACUGGAUUGCUUGGUUCUAUCACUCCUUUGUCUGAGGUUUGUUGGUUUUA